GUGGUCGUCAUCAUCUUCAUCUCUCUCUCUCUCUCUCUCACUCUGUUCAUCAAGUUCAUCAAACAGAUAAUUAGAAGCCAUGGUCACACGCGUAAUGCUUCAGAAACUCACCUUCUUGGGUCUGUUAUAUGCAGCUCUACUUAUUUCUUCUUCUUCUUCACUGAAUGAUAAACUGUUAGAUUCAUCAAAGUUGGAGAUGUUUGUGGACGAGGUUCCUGAUAUGCCCAGAAUCCAUGGCUACAAGCUCGAUCAUGGAGUCCCCAAACCCAAAUCUCUUCAUAUCGGCAUGUUCAAGAAGAACUGGAAAUUUCACAGGCAUUUGCCUCCGACGCCUGUUUUCGCUUUCGGUGUGAAUGAGCGUACAGCAUCGGUCCCUGGUCCAACGAUCGAGGCCAUGCAUGGUGUUGAUACCUUUGUGACGUGGCAAAAUCAUCUCCCUUCAAAACACAUACUCCCAUGGGACCCAACAAUUCCUACUGCCAUUCCCCACUCAAAGAGGGGCAUUCCUACAGUGGUUCACCUCCACGGUGGGAUCCAUGCGCCCCACAGUGACGGCAAUGCGAAUGCAUGGUUCACUAAUGGAUUCAAUGAAACGGGACCCACUUGGACUCGUAAGAGCUAUCACUAUCCUAACUACCAGCAUCCGGGAAAUUUGUGGUAUCAUGACCAUGCCAUGGGGUUGACCCGAGUCAACCUCCUUGCUGGCUUGAUUGGAGCUUACAUUAUUCGUCACCCUUUGAUCGAGGGCCCACUUGGUUUGCCCCAUGGCGAUGCCUUCGAUCGACCGUUGGUGAUUUUUGAUCGUAGCUUUCGCACUGAUGGUUCCAUAUACAUGAAUUCGACCGGAAACAAUCCCACCAUUCACCCCCAAUGGCAGCCUGAGUACUUUGGUGAUGCUAUUAUCGUGAAUGGCAAAGCUUGGCCUCGAAUGACAGUACGUCGUCGUAAAUAUCGAUUCCGGAUAAUCAACGCAAGCAACGCUAGAUUCUUUAAAUUCUUUUUCACCAACGGCUUGGAAUUCACCCACGUGGCAUCAGAUUCAUCAUACAUCGAAGAGCCAGUGACAACUAAGGAAUUUCUAUUGGGGCCAUCUGAGAUCACAGAUAUGAUUGUUGACUUUUCUCAAUCAAAGAAUGAUACGGUUAUCCUAGGCAACAAUGCACCUUAUCCCUACCCUUCUGGUGAUCCAGUGGAUGAAUCUAACAGCAAGGUGAUCAAAUUCUUCAUACAACCCAAUCAAGAAGUUGACACGUCAAGGGUUCCCAGAAAGUUGAUAAAAUAUCCCCACGUGGACUUAUCCUGUGUGUCGCACACAAGGUACAUUGCAAUGUAUGAGUACACAAGCGACAUCGACGAGCCCACGCACUUGUACUUAAACGCAAAACCAUAUGAGGCCCCAGCAACAGAAACUCCGAAGGUGGGGUCCACAGAGGUGUGGUAUGUGAUCAAUUUGACGGAGGAUAAUCAUCCGCUUCACAUUCAUUUGGGAUUGUUCAAAGUGUUGGAACAGACAAAGCUUGUGAAAUCAGAAGAUUUUAAGGAUUGCAUGGAGAAAAAAAACGAUGCUAAGAAGUGCCACGUGGACCAACAUGCACGUGGCAAGAAACUAGAGGUUGCUGCUCACGAAAGUGGGUGGAAGAAUGUGUACAAGAUGGCACCUGGGUUUGUGACCAAGAUUGUGGUGAGAUUUGGGUACAUCCACGCGAAUGAAUCAUAUGUCUUUGAUGCAACUGAUGAACCUGGCUACGUUUAUCAUUGUCACAUAUUGGACCACGAAGACAAUGUGAUGAUGAGGCCUUUGAAAAUGAUAAAGUGAGAUUUAUUAUCGUGAUCAACAAUGCAGGUGAUUAAAUAAAUGAAUGUAUUCUCUACGAAGGUUGAAUAAUUUAACAAAGGUAUAGAUAGUUGGUUAUUAUUAGAAGCUAAAAAUUUGAUGCUAAUUAAGGAAUAUUAGGGGAGGCAGACUUACUCAUUCGAAGUUAUUUCGUCUCUACUCGUUUGAAUAAAAUGCCAAUAGCUUCUUAAGGAUCAGGGAAACCAAGUUUUUAGACUACUUAAUCCAGUCCAAUCUUAUAAAAAAAUUAUUUUAAUAUAAUUUUAAUUAUUUUUAAUAUAUUUGAAUAAAUUGAAGUUUGAACAUAGUAUUUCUUUCAUUUACAUUUUACCUUUCCAUAUAAUAUAAUUUUAAUUUAAUUUGUUGCUAAAUUAUUAUUGUAAUGUAGAUGAGACACAUUGAAAUUUGUCGAAUGUUGUUAAAAUUAUGAAUUUGAAUCAUUUAGAUUGUAAUUGAAGAUUUUAUUGUGGGAUAUUGUUGUGGAUUUUUUAUUAUUAUAAGUAUUUUUAUUAUAUUAAUUGAAUUUAUUAUAUUGAAAUGAAUUGUUGCCUCUCUUUUUUUUUUUAAAAAGAACCCACCCCAAAUUUAAUUUGGGUGUGCUUCUUUGUCAUAAAAAAUAAAAAAAAUUAAGUGAAUAUUAGACUAAUAAAACGAGUCUCCCAAUUAUAUGAACUAAGUCUAGUCUAAUUAAUCUCAGGCUACAACUGAAUCAAAUCAAAUUAGGGGUUGCUUAUCUUGAUUUUUUUUUUCCUGAAAGAGAUCAAAUUUUAGAUUAGAUUCAAAUUCUAUUUUAUCUAGUCCUUCAUGCAUCCCUUGAUAUGGCCACUCGCAGCGUGGUCUGGUUUUGUUGUCACACGGUAAUUGUAAUACUCAUCCUUAUAUGUUGGCAUUUAGACCA